CCCGUGGUGCUGGCAGCGGCCCCCGGGAUGUUGGUGGCCAUGGGUCUUGUGGUGGCCGUGGCGGUGGCCGUGACCGUGGUGGUGGCCCUGGUUCUCGCCCUGUCCAGGGCCCUGCCCGCUGCCCUCCCGCACGCCCUGUCCCGCUCCGUGCUGCUCCGCGCCGCGGUCCGGUCCCGGCGGCGGCUGGAGCUGGGGGGCAGCGAGGUUCGGCGGGGCCAGGAGCUGCGGCUGCAGCGGCUGCUGCCCCCCGGCACGUUCCGUGGCUCAGAGGCUUUUCGGGAGCAGCACCCGCUGAGGCCGGGCUGCGACGGGGGAAACCCAGGGGGGGCGGUCCCCUCGCUGCGCCCCUGGGCUCUGCUCCGCAGUUUUUGGAGCACAGACCCCCCGUUGCAGGCGUCUCUGCUCUAUCUGGACACGCUCCGUGCCACCUUCCCGCGGGCGCUGGCCCCCCGCGGCACCGCCCUGCUCUCCUGGUCGCCCGGUGUCCCCCGCGCCCCGGUGGGCUGGCUCCUGCCCACCUUGUACUGCACCCCAGCCCCCGCAGGCCCCCUGCCCUCCCGAGCAGCCUCGCUGCGGGUGCAGCUGCUCUUCGCCCUGCGGGAGCGUGGCCUGCGUGUGCUGGAGGCCGGGACGGCCACCGAACUGCACGACGCCCUGGUGGUCCUGCGGGCCGGCUGGCCCGGGCUGGCCCAGGAGCUGGCGCUGGGCAGGCUGAGCCCCCAGCCCGGGCUGCCCGAGGGGGUGCGGGGCCGGCUGCAGGCGCUGCUGACCCCCGACACCGCCCGGGCCGCCCAGCUCCGGGUCGAGUGUGCCCUCGGUUUCCAGGGCAUCGUGCGACGGCUGUGGCCGCAGCUGGAGCUGGUGGUGCUGGGGACGGCGCACGGUGCGGAGCAGCUCUACUGCGAGAGCCUGAGGCAGGGCGAGUGCCAGGGGCUGCCAUUCUACUGCCCCUUCUACCGGGCGGCGGGAGCUCUGCUCGGUGUGAACCUGUGGCCGGAGGAGCCAGCGCCCCGGUUCCUGCUCUGCCCGGACUGGGCUUUCUACGAGUUCCUGCCCUGCCCGGCCGAGGAGGAGCUCCGGACGGUGCUGCUGGGCGAGCUCUGGGAGGGACGCGAGUAUGGGCUGGUACUGACGGCCGAGCCGGGAGAGUACAGGUGCCGUUCCGGGGAGGUGCUGCGGGUCACCGGCUUCCACAGGCAGUGUCCUGUGGUGGAGCCCGUGCGCAGAGAGAGACAGACCCUGAGCGUGCGGGGCGAGAGCAUCCCCGAGGAUCGGUUCUACCGGACCCUGUGCCGCGCCGUGGACAUGUGGCCAGGCGCUCGCCUGGUUGACUACGUCUGCGUGGAGAGUGCCCUGCUCGGCGCCUCUUCGGGGGCCAGCGCCCCCCACUACGAGGUGUUCGUAGAGCUGCGGGGUCUGCGGGACCUGUCGGAGGGGCAGCGCUACAAGCUGGACCAAUGUCUCCAGGAGGAUUUUCCCGUCUAUAAAUCCUUCCGCUUCAAGGGCAGCAUCGGGCCCCUGCGCCUGCACAUGGUGGGGGCCGGGGCCUUCGCCCGGCUGCGGGAGGCACUGGGCCCCUCUGGCCCCAUGCCCAGAGUCCUGCGGGAGGAGCGGCUGCUUCAGCUCGUCCAGAGCUCCGUCAUCUCCUAGGACAGCCCGAGGGGGACCGCAGCCGCGCCGCCCCAACCAUGAGGUUCGCUUGGUGACCCCCCGGGGGGCAACGGGGCAGGGUUGAGGAUGCCCAGCCCCGGGGGGUUUGCUGACUGGAGCUGGACCGUGUCCCUGCUCCGGGGUGGCAAGUGGGUGCAGGUGGCACCAUCCCUCUGGGACAGAGUGGGGCUGUUCUGGGCAGAGGGUGGGACCGUGGGGAGUGCCACAGCACAGGCAGGUCCUGCCGCGGUUCUCCCUGCUCUGCUGGGUGCCCGUGCCCUGCCCGAGGGGACACGGUGGCUAUCACAGACCACAGCCGGUGUGAGGAGGACAGCGGAAACCUCCCCGAGAACAGUAGGAGUCGUGGGGCCUCGGGCCUGCUCAGCCUAUCCUUGUGCUGAGCUCCGGGGUCCUGUGCCAUUUUGUCCCCUGGGCAGGGACAUGGUGGGCAGGACGCGGUGUGGCUGCUGGUGGCAGAUGCUGCGGGGCAGCCCUUCCGCCAGGCUCCAGUGCACGUCUGCUGGUUUAGGAAACAACAACCUCCAUCAAGAGUCACUUCCAAUUUUUAAAAAAUCAGGAGCAAAAUAGAGGAGGAUUAUCUCU